AUGACCAAUCACAGAAUGGACUUCUGGAAUCUGACCAUCAAAAUCAUUUUAUUGUCAGAAACUACAGCUGGAAUUCUGGGAAAUUUCUCUCUUCUUUACUACUAUCGAGUUCACUAUGCAGAAAGCAAAUUAAAGCCUACACAUUUGAUUUACAUGCACUUAAUGGCAGCCAACACUGUGAUUAUUCUCUCUACAGGAGUGCCAAAUACAAUGGCAGCUUUUGGAUUGAAGCAGUUUUUAAGCAAUUCUGCAUGUACAUUAAUUUUGUACAUUCAAAGAGUUGGCCGGAGUGUUUCCAUUGCCACUACCUGCCUUUUGAGUGUCUUCCAAGUCAUCACCAUCAGUCAUAAGGAAUGCUGCUUUAAGGAAAAAAUCAAAGCUUCAAAGUACAUUGGAUGCUCCAUUGCCCUCCUCUGGUUUUUGUACAUGUUGAUAAAUGUCAUUUUCCCUGUAUACUCACUUAUUAGAAGGAAUAGUAAAAAUCAGACAAGGAAACGAGAUUUUGGAUACUGUUCCACUGUAGGGAGGGAUGAAAUCAGUGACUCUCUCUAUUCAGCACUGGUGGUGUGCCCUGAAAUCUUCUCUUCUUUGCUCAUGGCCUGGUCCAGUGGCUCCAUGAUUGUCAUUCUGUACAGACACAAGCAGAGGAUUCAAUACAUCCAUAGCACUCGUGGUUCCAGUAGAAUCUGCUUGGAGUCCAAAGCUACCCAGAGAAUCCUAGCCCUGGUGUCUAUCUUUCUGUCUUUUUAUACUCUAUCCUCCAUCUUACAAGGCUGUGUUGCUCUUUUGUAUAAUCACAGUUGGUGGCUGGUGAACAUCAUUUGCCUCACUUCUCUGGGUUUUCCUUGUUUUGCACCAUUUGUUCAUAUAAAUUAUUACUCAGUAGUACCUAGACUCAGUUUGGUCUGGAUAAGAAAUAAGAUCUCUAGUUCUUACUUUAGGUAUGUAAAUGAUAUGUUUUUUUGUGGCAUCCAGGUGUUUACUCUGCCAUCUCCCUCACAAGGACAGUACAGAAAGUGA